AUUGUCGCUCCCCUCAGCCGCGGCGCUCGCCGAGGGCCGCCGCGCGCUCCUCCCCCCGGGGCCGGGCGAAAGGGGCGUCGCCGCCGCCGCCGCCAUGGCCGGUUGUUGUCAGUCCCUGGCAGCGGGUUAUGGCGACGGCGGUGAAUGAAUUCUCCGGGCGGCAGAGGGAAGAAGAAGGGCUCAGCCGGCUGCAGCUCCGCGCCCCCGGCCGCCGGGGCCUCACCCUCCUCGCCGCCCGGGCCGGCCCCCCCCGUGCCGCCGGCGGGGGCGGCGGCCGCGGCGUCCCCUCACAAGCGGAACCUGUACUACUUCUCCUACCCGCUCUUCGCCGCCUUCGCCCUGCUCCGCUUCGUCGCUUUCCAGCUCGGGCUGCUCUUCGCCUGGCUCUGCGAACGCCUCUCCCGCGGCGCCCUCAUGGCCGCCAAGGGCAGCAGGGCCGGGGCCGGCGACGCGCCCGAGCCCGGCGGGGCGCCCGAGACGGUGCGGGCCUGUCACAAGCGGGCCUUCGAGUGCAUCUCCAUGGCGCUGCGCAUCGACGAGGACGAGAGAGCAGGACAAAAGGAACAAGCUGUUGAAUGGUAUAAGAAAGGAAUUGAAGAACUGGAAAAAGGAAUAGCUGUCUUAGUAAUUGGUCAAGGUGAUCAGUGUGAACGGGCUCGACGUCUGCAAUCUAAAAUGAUGACAAAUUUGGCAAUGGCCAAGGAUCGCUUGCAGCUUUUAGAGAAGCUGCAGGCAGUUUUGCAAAUUUCCAAGCCGCAAAUGGAGGUCUGUAAUGACAGUACUAACCUGGCAUGCCGCAAUGGACAUCUCCAGUCAGAAAGUGGAGCGGUUCCAAAAAAGAAGGAUCCCUUAACACACACAAGUAAUUCCCUUCCUCGUUCAAAAACUGUUGCAAAAACUGGAUCCACAGGCCUUUCAGGUCACCAUAGAACACCUAGCUACAGUGGGAUAUCAACUUCUGUGUCUAGACCAGCACCGAAUCCUGCAGCUUCAACUCAUAAGGCUGUGCCUAAAAACAGCAGAACAAAUAAGCCUUCUACUCCUACCACUGCUCCUCGAAAAAAGAAAGACUUGAAGAUAUUUAGAAAUGUGGACAGUAAUCUUGCUAAUCUUAUCUUGAAUGAAAUUGUUGAUAGUGGGCCAGCUGUCAAAUUUGAUGAUAUCGCAGGGCAGGAACUGGCUAAACAAGCUUUGCAAGAAAUUGUUAUCCUACCUUCUCUUAGACCUGAGUUAUUUACAGGACUCAGAGCUCCUGCACGUGGAUUGUUGCUGUUUGGCCCACCAGGAAACGGGAAAACAAUGUUGGCCAAAGCAGUUGCUGCAGAAUCAAAUGCUACUUUCUUUAAUAUAAGUGCCGCAAGCCUAACUUCAAAAUAUGUUGGCGAAGGGGAGAAACUGGUGCGUGCUCUAUUUGCAGUAGCCAGAGAACUUCAGCCUUCUAUAAUUUUUAUUGAUGAAGUUGAUAGCCUUUUGUGUGAAAGACGAGAAGGUGAACAUGAUGCCAGUAGGCGUCUAAAAACAGAAUUUUUAAUAGAAUUUGAUGGUGUACAGUCUUCUGGAGAGGACAGAAUACUUGUGAUGGGAGCAACAAACAGGCCACAGGAACUUGAUGAUGCUGUUCUCAGACGAUUCACCAAACGGGUAUAUGUGUCUUUACCAAAUGAGGAAACAAGAUUGAUUUUGCUAAAAAAUCUUCUGAGCAAGCAAGGAAGUCCAUUGACCCAAAAAGAGUUGGCACAGCUAGCUAGAAUGACAGAUGGGUACUCUGGAAGUGAUUUAACUGCAUUAGCAAAGGAUGCAGCUCUGGGUCCUAUUCGAGAAUUAAAACCUGAACAGGUGAAGAACAUGUCUGCCAGUGAGAUGAGAAAUAUCAAGCUGUCAGAUUUCACUGAGUCUUUGAAGAAAAUAAAGCGCAGUUUGAGCCCUCAGACCCUGGAAGCGUAUAUUCGCUGGAACAAGGACUUUGGAGACACCACAGUGUGAAACGCUACUUGAAGUCAAAGUGCUGCCUAAGGAGCAAUUGGUACAGACUACUGGAAAGCAGCCAGAGUUUACAGGACUUUACAGAUCUUCAAGUAUCUGCAUUAAAACUUGAGAUUAAGAAAAAAAUUAUACAAUGUGAAAUGUGUUCAUCAAAGCCUCCUUGCCGUUUAGUGAGGAUUUACACACUGUAAGUAAGAGCACAAUAGGACUUGAGAUAAGAUUCCUAGCAAUCCGAUUAUGGUUUGAACAAUAACGUAUGUAUUUUGGUUCAGCUAGAAGAUUCUGAUAUUGAUCACUGGAAAACCUUUUCCCUAUGUUGUGCGUGUGUUUUUUUGUUUUUAAUUUUGCCACGACCUCGAUGUCUGGCUUUCUUCCUUAUAAUUACUAACUUACAAUUGGAGGUUUGUAAUCUUUGGUUCAGUUUUCAACUUUUUUAUCCUUAACGUGCCAAAUAAAACAAUUUCCCUAUGCAGAGAGGAAGAAGAGCAUUGGGGAAUUCUGUUUAUUAAAAUGUAAAAAGCAGCUGGUCUGUUAUUAUUUGUCUUUUUGUUUAGUUGUAAUGUGACUCUGUUGUUCACAGAACAGUUUUAAAGAAGACCUUUGAUAGCAGAACAGCAAAAAAAUCCCGCCCUAUAAAACCGAUUCAAACUGUCUUAAAAAAAAUAAAAUUACUAAAUAAAAAAAUAGGCUAAGACAUUCAUUUACUGGCAGUAUUUUCUCUUAACACAUUUUGUAAUGCUUCCAUUUGUAGUGUGUUAGCUUACGCUUAUGGUGGACGACUUGAAGCCCAGCUGAUGUUUGAGAGAGUAAGUGAUGCUAAUUGUCAAGUUUCAGAAAUGACGUGUUUCUACUCUGUAUGUUGGUCUGUUUAAGAUAAUUGAAAGUAAAAUUUCCAUUCAUUAUGAUAAUUUUUUUAAUCUACACAUGUAAGCAUUAAAAUACGAGGCUACAUGUUUAAUACUUGGCACACAUUAAUGUUUUUAUAGCUUUCAUAUGUUUUGGUUUAUAUAUUAAAGUAUGAAACGCUCAACUGAUCUGCUUUUUUAAAAAGAAAUUGCAUCUUUGUACAGAUACUUGUUUUUAUUAUAUAAAUGACAAGCUAUUAAAAAAAACCAACACUUAAAUGAUAGCCUUUAAAUACUGUAAUAAAGGAACACAUUUUUGCCUUUACUUCUAAAGGCCUGACAUCUUGUUUACAAAUUCUAUGUGGAUUAAACACAGCUGUUUGCAAGGCAGAACACUAAUUCCUUGUUAGAGCAGGUUUGUGGGGGUUUUCUUGUUUUUUUCUAUUUAUUUUUUUUUUAAAGACAACUUUCCCAUUUUAGUGAUAUUACAAAAAUGCAUAUUGUUUACAGUUGUUUAAAUUAAGUUAUAAGCUUUAUCUGCUUUUGGUCUUAACAGAAAAUUUUGUUCUUUACUUUUCAUUUAACUUAUUUUUUUUUUAUUGGUAGGAGUAAGUAAAAUAUUUCUGGGACUACUCACCCAAAAGUUGACUAUAAAUAAUAUAUUAAAUAUAUAUAUAUAUAUAUAUAUAUAUGAAAAAACCCCAUAGCUGAUAGAUGCAGUGUAAGUAUAGUAAUACCUGGAGGGGACUCUUACUGUGCAGUAUUGGGUACGAAAUAGCAGAAGCUCUGUCAAACGUUUGAGAUACACAGAUGCAAUAUGUUUGGGAUUCUGGUUUUUUGAAAGAGAUGCUUUUAACUGAUGUUAAAAAUGAAAGCGAUUAAAUAAGAGACGAUUGUGUUACACUAGUAUGCCUUGUGAAAUAGUCUAACCAGCCACUUGUAGCCUUCUGAGGGUAUGACUCUUUCAGAUGUGUCUGAUGUAAAUGAAACAUGUGACUUCUGUUCCUGAUUCACUUUGCUGGAGAAGUGAGAAAUGCUAAAAGAUUUCAGUUUCUUAAAUCUCACGUAUUGCUUGCUUUGCCUUAGUUCUGCCUUCAGUAGACCAUGUCUGUUGUUGGAGAUUCCUGGCUGACUUGAUCCGUGUUUCUCAUAGACUUCACAGUGCUAAGCAUGAAUAUUUACUGUUUUAUUAGCAUCUGCCAGAUAGCUAAACAGCUAGGAAAGGCCCUUGGUUUUCCUGAUCAUAAAGUUGUAAGCUUUCCUUGAGAUCCUUUGCAAAUGAGAACUUUGAAGGUAACACUACUGCUUUUGAGUGUUCCUAAAUAUUUGUUUUCAAACUGUUUUCCUCCACUUAAUUUUGAGGAAUAUACUUGUAUUUAUUUCAAUAGUAUGUGAUAGAUACCUGAAACAUAAAGGUAGAAAUCCUCAUCUGCUAAAACACCACCACUACGCAGCACAAAGGGACAGAAGCCUGAGCUGCUGCUUCAGAAAGAAAAGGGACUUGCCCUUUCGCUUUGUACAACCAGUUCUGGUCAAGAGACUCUGUGUGACUGGUGCCACUGCUUUUUGGUUAUCUAUUCUGCCCUGAUUGUUUUCUGUGUAAUGGAUGAACUACGGCUCUAUAAAUUAUUUCUAGAACAUAGUAGUGAAAACUUAAUUUUGUUCUGCAACAGCUGCUGGUUUUUCAGCCCAUGACCAAGUGCCGUUUGGUUCAUAAAUCGCCUUUUAAAUAUCUUUCUUACACUACUUUGUGAAUAGUGUCUUUUAAGAAUAAUUCUGUUCCCCUUAAGGCAUCGUCUCGCAUCUUCUGGUUUCUUGUUUGACAUGUACUAAGUCCCAGCUCAGUGAUUUUCAUCUAUGUGUCGGAUUAACUGUGUAUAACAGCAGAUCUGGAGGGGAAAAAAGCCAACAACAAAAAAACACAAAAACCCCAACCAACAUUUCUCCCAACCCCCCUCUACAAAAAAAACAGAACACCUGUAUUUCCCAAAUCUGUGGCAUUUUCUAUAGAACUUUGCAACUGUAUUUACCAUAAAAUCAGAUUAUGUUCUAAUACAGUAUCUUGAAGUAAGUUAGGAUAAGCAGGACGGCAGCUUGGAAGCUUUUAACCUGUGCAAAGAUUGGCAUUACAGCAGUGCUCUAUACUACCUUUUUUUUUUUUUUUUCCCCUCCUUCCCUUGAAUCUGCCCACCGCUAAUGAAUGAGUGACUUGACCCGCUUUUUUGAGCUGAUCAUGAAGCAGUUUGGCCCUCUGCAAGUGUGUUUUAUUUAGUGUAACAGUUACUGGAGGGAGGGGGGAAAAAAAAAGAAAACAAAACAAAAACAAAAACAAGACAUGCCCCUGUUUUUUUUUUAACAACCUUCUUCAUACAUCUUUGCCUCUUUUAAUUAAGCAGGAAACACUUUUUAUCUUUCUACGUGUUGGAAGAACAAUGUCUUCUCAGGCAGUGGGUUGCUGCUUCUGGUGGCAUAACAGGAAGGAAAAACUCAAGCACUGUGAUGCUUUUUCUCCUUAAAAUGAGAAUUUGCCACGUGUUACGAUGUUCCCUUUACUAGUGUUGACUUUUCUGCGGAGUACACCAAACCUGUACAGGUUUUCUCCUUGCAGCUAAGAUAAAAAUACCACCGAAUAGUAAAGAUAAGCCUUAAACUAGGAUAUUUAUGCCCAUGUAAGUCUUUGUCCUGUUAGUUUCCUAGACUUUAUGGUGUUCAGUGUAUUAGAAAUAGGUAUUCUGCCCCUGAGACAUCUUGCUGACUCUACUUCAGGAAGUUGCUAGUACGGUUCUGUUGAAUACGGCCCUGCGACUUUAUGUAGAUAAUAAAUGUGGUAGCAACACUUUAAAAUGGAGAAGAAUGGAAUCUCUGAACUGAGAAGGAAUUUGUUGUCACUGCACUAAUUGGAGGCCAUUGCUGAUUUCACUGUUAGAUUCUCUCAAAUGUUUUUAAAAUUAGAGUUUCUGUAUGUGUAACGUACUCGGUUAACCUUACCUUCUGGUGUAGAACAAAUAGCAUUUUUUCUAUUCCAAACAAGCUGGUUUUAGCACUGGUUGGCCCCUGCUACCAGGUCCAUCUUGUGAAAUUUAAGUACUUUUUACUGGGAAUACGGAAGUCAGAGGUGCUGGCAAAUUUAACUGAGAUGCCUGUUCUGCACCCAGUUUGGAAAGCAGCGUUCUGCUUAGGGCUUCCUUAACCACCUAUGGUGAAACCUUGUGCCCUAAAUUCUUACAGUGCUUUCCUACCCAGGACAUGGAUAAUGCAUAGCUCUUAUCUAGCUACUCUGGUGCUUCAGUGAUGCUUUUGCAUGUGGCAGCUUUGGGAGGGGGCAGGUGCUGUUGUAGGUUACAGAUCUUCGUUUGCUGUCUGUGGCGGUCUCAAGCUUUUGUGAUUUUUUUAGUGCCGGGGACUUCUACCAGAUAGCAAAAAUGGAAUGAAAAGUAGCAAGCAGGUAGUGAAUGCAACUAGUUAUCUCAGUCAUUGUGCUAAUUAGAGGCAGUUGCUGAUUUCAUUGCUAGGUUCUCUUGAGCUGCUAUUUAGUGUUGAAGGAUGCUUUACUUGCCUACAUGAAUUUUCAUGCUUAGGAUGAUCCGAUGGUCAUCCUAAGAGCUUAUUUUCUUUUAGAAUUUCAAAUUUUUUCCUUUUUGAUAUUUUUUCCUUUAAAUAUCGUAACUAGAAUUCCACAAGAUGAGGAAAGUAAACCAUUGUUUCCUGCAAAUACAAAAUCAUCUUCUGAAGUACGGAGAAAUGUGUAUUGUGGUUUUCCUGCUUCUCAUGUAAAUCAUCAACUGUCUUAGAGUGGAAACUGUUUACUUUGUCAAUAACUACCUCCUGAGUUUGGCAAUAAUUGGCAAGGUAUACACUCCUCCAGUGGAUUAAAUAUAUUGGCUGAACACUGUGGGUUUUUCAGAGUUUGAUCUUUUGAUUUGCAAAAUUCUUGACUUCAUGUCUGGAAACUAGGGCCUUGUUUUGCUGUAAGAUUUUCCUUGCUUUUGUAAGACACACUUCUUAAAAUCCUGUUUCAGAGAAGUGGCUUUGAGGAAAAAAGUGAGCUAUUCGUUGUGGUUGGUUAACAGAAGUGUAGUCUUCCAAGAUGCUGGGGGUGUAGCCUCUCAGUUCUGAAAGGUUUUUUACCAUUAGAAGUGGGGAAGAAAGUACUUUAAUACUCGCAUGCCUAUCAAAGGGACUGAAAAUACAGAAGCUGGUUUUGCCACAUGAUUCAAAUUUUUAUUCAUGUGAAGGGCUAGUCAGUAUUUUUCAGAAAUCUGGAUUAAAGUGACAAAAACCAAAGGUGGAGACAAAACACUAUACCCCAGCCCCAUUAAAUAUAUUGGACAGCUCCAGUCUGGGAUGGGGUUAAUUCUUGUAUUUUUGUUGUUUUGAAUCAUUUUUGUUUCACUGUUCUUUUACGAAUGUUUUAUGAAAUGUUAAACAUCGUUUCAUUAAUAAGCAAUGUAAAAAAGCAUGAUGAGCAGUCACAUAGCUUUAGCUUCACAAUAAAAUGUUGCAUUUGUUCUGUUCUUACGGUUUUCUUGUCUGUUUAUCAGAUAAAAUGUCCAAAACUAAGAGUCUUUUCAUUAAACCUGAAGCUUGUUUAAGUGCUGCUGGUUUAAAAAAAAAAAAAAAAAAAGUAUCGGGUGUUGUAUACCAGAUGAUGGAACAAUAAAUAUGUAAAUACCUCAUUUAGUUUCUAAAGGACAUAAUUCAAGUUUUUAAUGUAAACAGAAGUGCUACUUCCUAAAUAAAUGUGCUGAAACCUGAA